AAAAUUUGUAAUGAAAAGUUUACUGACAGUUCAUUGGAUAUUAUUUAUGUAAUUGAAAACGGACAAGAUGGGGUUUUUGACGUUAAUUUUAUGCGUUAUACCGACAAUGGUGACAGCCAUUACAAUUUCAUCAAAUGGUAACAGUCCUGAAGUUAAAAUGUUGGGUGGGAUGAUGGUCGACGUACAUAAAGGAUUCGUCCCCAUGGCAUUAAAACAAGAAACCACCACGAACGUUGUGACGACUAAUAAGAGUAAUUAUGACAAGAGCAAGACAUUGGCUAAUUCCACCAAACUCUCAAUUAAUGAGAGGUAUAGAAGGUUGAUUCCAUAUAUGACUUUCUACUACGCGAAUGACAUACCGACUACAGAAGCAUAUAGCUCUAAGAGCAUCGAGGUUGAAAAAGUUGAGCUUGUCGAAGCUAAAACUAUACAAUCAAACCAUCGGCAACCACAUAAAAUUGUUUAUGCUCCUCAACGAAACAUACCUAGAUAUCAAGGAAAUAGAUUAACUCACUUCAAUAUAGCAUCGGCAAAUCCUACUAAAGUGUAUUAUAAAAAUGAUGUGCCUGUUUAUCAGACUGCUGUUAAAAUUACCCCGAGCUACAAUCCCUUGGUCCGAGAAAGCUUACCAAAUCAUGAUCAUCUCAGAUUUGUCCAGAAACAGGUUCUUAAUGCACCUAGUGCUCCCUUUGCAACUAGGAAACCUUACUUGAAUCUGUAUAGCAAUGACGAUGGCAAUUUUCAAUAUUACUUAGGUGAGAAAAAUCACGUUCCUAAAUUCAAAUUAGUACCGUAUGAGCAGACUCCUGUCAAAAUCGUACCACAAGCCGAGGUUUAUGAACCAACGAAACCCUUGACUGUUCCAGUGCUAAUACCAAAAGAACCUGUUUUUAUAAAAACGAAACCAGUCAGACCGCAAUACGUGUACGAUAAUAUAAACGUUCAACAAACUGUGCCAAGAAAGCAGCCUGUUGUGGUUUCUGAGAACUACUACGAGAAAAGGCGUCCUGCUUCAGCAUUUGUUCAACCUAUAGCUCAGCCAAUGGUUGAAAGCGGUUUUAAGCCUAUCGUCAGUCCUGUUAUGUCUACAGAGUCUACCAUUUAUACUACGUUACCCACUACUAUUCCUCAGUUUGUAAGUGAAAAGCCUAAUGUUCAAAUAGGAGAACCAAUUGCUCCAGAAAGAAAUUUUAGACCAAACUAUUAUCAAUACGUUGUCGAGCAACCUGUAUACAAAACAGAACAAUAUGUUGAGCCAGUGCCUGCUAAAGCGACAGUUAGUUUGGGUGAUCUUCUUAACUCUUUGCAACUUAACAAGUCCAUACCAAAGCCGAUUACACAAGAAAAUGUAGGUUCAUCAAUAAGAACAUUGUUGCAAGUUUUAAAUGCUUUAAAAGCUAUGAAUAGUCAAAACGAUGUCGAAAGUCCAUUGUUGAGUACGCCGAAGCCCUUCAUAGCUCCCGAAGAGAUAGAGGAAAUGUCACCGAAACCCAUAAUAGAAGGAACACCUACACCAGUUUCACUGUCGCCUAUUCCUUAUGGAGAUCUUCAAAACGAACCACAUCUUGCACAAGUGAAUACGCCAUCUCAGCAUUUAGAUGAGAGUUUUCCAAGUGGCGGAGGUAGUACGAGCCAGCGGUUUCCUCUCCCGGUGACGUCCGACGACGAAGGGGGCACCCCUGGUCGGCCCGGUAUGGACUACCCGGUGCUAACUUCCAUUCCCAGUACCAGUUUCGACUGUAAGACCCAGCGUUAUAAGGGUUUCUUUGCCGACCCUGAAACUAGGUGUCAGGUAUGGCAUUAUUGCGAUCUCAAUGGCGGCCAAGCUUCCUUUCUAUGCCCCAACGGCACCAUUUUCUCUCAAGCAGGACUAACUUGCGACUGGUGGUUCAACGUCCGCUGCGCUUCCACUACUCAGCUGUACGUUCUCAAUGAGAGCCUUUACAAGUACAUCUUGCCACAUUCACCCAAGUUCCCCGAGGAUUAUAGUGGACCGCUCGUCGACAAGUACCUCACGCUGAAAUUUAAAGAAAUGGAGGAGCAGUUCAAGAAGAACAAGAAUAAACAAAAAGCGGCUGAUAAGUCAGAUUCUGACGAAAAAGAUGAAUCCAAUGAAGACUCCAACGAAAAACAGUCAGAUGCGACAGAGAAACAAGUAGAUAGUGAAAACAGUGAAGUGGCCACGGUUAGUGAAGCCAGUGUUAUAGUACAAUCACCAGGUACAAGUGGCAAUGUGGAGAGACUCCAAGAUGAAUAAAAUCCAAUACAGAUACCUAUCCUUGAAAUUUGCAGCAUAUAAAAUGGGAUACUGAACCAAAUUGGAUCUUAGAUUAAAGAAUUGAUUUUAACUUAUUGAUAAGGAAGGACGUAAACUGUGAUAGUUUGAAUUCCACGUAAGCGGAAUACUGUUUGGUGAAAACUGACCAUAGGUUAGACUACACGAAUAAGUACUUAAUUUUAACUUGAAAUUGCAAUGGACAUGUGUCUAGAAGUUUAGUAACGCAAGAGCUAGAAUAUGAAAGUUGACACUGCCAUUUUAAUUAAUAAUUUUAUUCUCAUAUGUUUGUAAGUAAAACGUACUUAAAAUUAUUGCACUUAAUGUGCGGAGGUUUUUAACAGGAAAAUUCCAAUUAAAAAUCGCCAAAUUUGAUUUCCUAUUAUAAUAAUUGCUAUUUUUUGUUAAUAUAUAGGUACCACUU